CGGUGAUUGGUCAAUGGCGGAUAUAGCUACUUAUUCUAUAUCGGCUAAGUUAGCAGAAUCUUUUAAAGAUUCGUAGGCAGGCACGUUUUGAGGAAAUAUAAGAAUGCCUCUAGUAUGUCCUUACGUUAUACCAUUUCCAUCAAAAAGCCGCAGUUAAUCAUCUGGUCCUCUGGACCGUCCGCUCGUUGCUGCAUUCCACUACCUUCGUUCCCACCUGUCACUCAUUUCGCUUCAUUUCUCUAAACCCAGCAAUUCGAUAUACAGCAAAAAUGGCCUAUUCUUUUUAUCGCUACGAACCCAGCAUGCCAGCCGCGGUGAUUGCCAUCAUAUGCUACGGCCUCAGCACAAUCUACCACAUCUACCAACUCAUCCGGCUGAAAGCCUACUUCUUCACCACCUUCAUCGUCGGCGCAAUCAUGAUGACGAUCGGCUACAUCGCCCGCACCAUCUCCGCAAACAACAAAACCUCCCUACCACCCUACAUCGCCCAAAGCGUCUGCACGUUACUCCCACCCUCCCUCUACGCCGCCACAAUCUACAUGAUCUACGGCCGUGUGGUCAUCCAUCUCCGCGAGCCCCGCCUCUCGCUUGUCUCGCCGUACAAAGUCACCAAGAUCUUUGUCAUCGGGGACGCUAUCGCGUUCUUGACCCAGGCGUCAGGAGGUGGCAUGAUGGCCAUGGAGGGGAUGGCGGACGCAGGGCAGAAGAUCGCGGUGGUGGGGCUGUUCGUGCAGUUGGGGUUCUUUGGGUUUUUCCUGACCGUGACGGGGACGUUUGUGAGGAGGUUGAGGGGACGAGCGAGAGGUAGGUUGUUGAGUGGUGAUGGAGGAGCAGGUGCAGUCCCUGAGGAGGUGAUGAGGUUGUUGCUCGUGUUAUUGGUCGUGUCUGCGGUCAUCAUUGUAAGGUGCUUGUAUCGCAUUGUGGAGUUCGUGCAAGGGCAUGAUGGGUAUUUGAUGGGCCAUGAGGUGUUUAUGUAUGUGUUCGAUACGAUUCCGAUGUUUGGGGUGCAGGUUGUUUUUCAUUUCUUUCAUCCGGGGCGGAUUCUGGGGCAGGGGGGGAAGGGGUUUGAGGAGGUAGCUAUGUAA